AUGGAGACCCUGGAUAGCACACGGGCUUCACUACCACCUCAAUUGCCGUCGGCUGGAACGCAACUUCCCGGUCGGCUGGCAGGCAUCGAUCCCGAUUCUGCCGCCAGCCCUACGCCCUUUGCCCUUGCCCGAUUCGAGUUCGAGUCAGGCAAGGGCAACGAAGGCACCAAGAUCCUCAUGGUUGAAUGGGAUCUCUCGCUGUCGCCAACUUUCUCUCUGACAACAUCCAAAAUCUCGGCGCCGCCAUCCAAGGCUUGGGAAGUAUCGUGGAAUGGCAAGGCAAAUUAUCUUCCAUCGAGCGAUGACUUUGAAGGAACACAUAAGCGUGUAUACUUCCUACUCCCCCCAGGUGCAUUCGUCCCUCCCAUCGUUAACAUUACUCGUCAUGACGGCACCACCAUCGCCAUCAAUCCCCUUCCCGCCAUCUUCCCGCCAGCCCUGGGUGCCAGUGAGCUAGAUGCUGGGACACGCGGGGUUCUUCACACCAUCUGGGCCAAGAAAAGACUAAGUGAACUCCAAGAAGAGAUCGAUGCCGAGAUGACGACAAACCCCGAAAGCGUCGGCCUAGAAAUGGUGCUCCAAGAGCAGCAAUGGAUCGUCACUUACUUUGGUAUCACUCCGAAGAAAGCUGCCGUCGGGGGCCGGACGAUGUCCGCAUCACAAGCUCUACCAAGCCCCAUCUCACCUCAACCCCUUGUCGGUGGUAGACUGGGAAAGAAGCUGGAGGGGCUAAAACUCGCGACUUCUGCAGCUGAUUUGAUUGCUGGGUCGGCUGGUGAGACGCCUGUUGGAGGCUUUCCUACUUCUCGACUAAUCACGACUGACUUGCGACUCAUAGACAAGAAUGCCCAUCCUCGGCCCAAAUCCUUCUCGCCCGCCUCUAGUGACAUGGUUUUGCGCUCCUUCUCGAGCUCUGCGCGGGAGACGACAACCGAGAAUUCAUCUCUGGGAGGUUCGGCAUCGUUGGAUGCCAUGCUUGGCGGAAGCAGUCUUCAUCCGAGACAGCAAGAUCAGGACCAGGAGGAGGAGCUUUUUGCACUUCCGAUGAGCCCUCGUAAUCCUGAGAUGAAACGGAGUCCCUUCAGCCUCGUCUGA